UGCGACAGAAACUGAAGCAAAACACACUACAAAUGGGACAACAUGGCGAUGUCCUCAGGCAUGUCACUCUUUUCCCGUUUAACAGGCAGAUCUUUAGGGACCGUACUCGGUCAAUGCCGUGGAAAAACUCUCACAGCUCGGAGAUGGUAUAUUAGUACCAGUGCAGAAAACAAUUUGCAGUUUAAGCUUGAUGAGCGGACAGCCCACAGCAGCCUGGACCUUUUUAAGAAGGACACAGGUGUGAUCUAUCGCAUGCUUGGUAUGGACCCCUCUCUUGUGCAGGACACUCCUCUCCGAUUCCGGGACUGGGCUGUGGUUCUCGCUGACACCCACAUUGACUCUGGACGGCACUACUGGGAGGUGACGGUUAAAAAGUCCCAUGAAUUCCGGGUGGGUGUGGCCGAGGUGAUGACAUCACGUGACGAAUGUGUGGGCACCAACUCCAGUUCCUGGGUGUUCUCGUUUGUCCAGAGGAAGUGGUUUGCUAUGACCACUGGCAAGCAGGUCCCAGUGCCGUUGGUGGGGAAACCCGAUCGGGUCGGGCUCUUGCUGGACUACGAGGCUGGACGACUCAGUCUGGUGGACAUUCACAAAGCUGAAGUGGUGUACAAGAUAAAAACACAGUUCCGCUCGCCCAUCAGUCCUGCGUUUGCACUCUGGGAUGGGGAGUUGCUCACACACUCUGGACUGGAGAUCCCACCAGGGCUUUAGUGACUCUUGUUCAUUCACACAUGGAUGCUACAUGCCUCUUAAUGGCUAGAGAAAGAGAAGAAGUAGGGGCCUUAUAAAAAGUCUAAGGAAGUCAGUGGGAAAAUAGCUGUUUUUUACUGACAUUUAACCAGAUUUUAGCAAUAUUUGUCUGUUCACCUGGUGAAAAACUUCUCAGUGUACUAUUUGUGAUAUGCAGACGAACUAAUGAAUCCAUAUAUGCACGUAUAAAUACUUGAUAUGCUUAAAAAGUAAUUUCUUAUUUUGCAUCGGUGCCCAAGUACAGUGUUCAGUGAUGUUUUUCAAUAAAAAGACAUUCUUCACCAGUAAUAUUCUUUAUUUACAGUUUAUACAUUCAUUUUUUCUUGUCUCAUUUCAUGUCAUUCUGUCCAUUUUACACUUUUUUUCACUUUCAUAUGGAACAAAUACACUCCUUUAACUAUAUGAACUU